UUGCUGGUCUGUUUAAUACUGUUUGGCAUGUUAUUAUCAUAAUUACCUUUCCCAGUGCGUCGUUGCCUGGAGUACUUUGAUGACGUCAACUCACAAGAAGUUUGAGUUUUUCAGCACUUCCGCUCUUGCAGACCGAAAGCCGGGUCGGGGGCGGAGCUUGACAUGCGCAGUGGACGCUGAGCGAUUUGGUAGUUGACACCGGAGCGACGCAUAGUGGUGUGUGUUGAACUUGAAGAAUCACUAGAAACCAGGUCAAUCUUACUCCCAACAACAACAAGUGGGGCCAUAAAGCCCCCCCUUUAUCCUGAUAACAUCUCCUCUGGCUCUGCGAUAUUUAGCAGCCACGAAAAUGGCCACAACAGCAGAUACCCUGCCCAACGGAACAGGGCCUUUGUAUGACGGAAAGGAAGACGCCCUCAGGCCAGAUGAUUUUUCUGAAAUGUUGGCAGCCGGGACAAAAGAUGUUCAUGAAAAAGCAGAAAACACACAAUUUGUGAAAGAUUUCCUCAAGGGACGUAUCCGUAAAGAGCUCUUCAAGCUUGGAGCAGUAGCUCUUUACUACACCUAUACAGCUAUGGAGGAGGAAAUAGAAAGGAACAAGGACCACCCUCAUUUUGCCCCUCUUUAUUUCCCAUCCGAGCUGCACCGCCACGAGGCCCUGGCCCGUGAUCUUGAGUACUUUUAUGGCCCAGAAUGGCAGAGUCUCAUCAGCUGUUCCCAGGCCACCCAACACUACGUGGAUCGUAUCCACCAAGUCGGCCAUGAAGACCCUGUGCUGCUGGUGGCCCACGCUUACACCCGCUACAUGGGCGACCUGUCCGGAGGCCAGGUGUUGAAGAAGGUGGCGCAGAGGGCCUUGAAGCUCCCCCCGACGGGAGAGGGUUUGGAAUUCUACCAGUUUGACGCCAUCGAUAGCGCUAAAGCUUUCAAGCAGCUGUACCGUAGUCGCAUGAACGAGCUGGAGCUGGACGUCGUGACAAAGAAGAUGCUGGUUGAGGAGGCGGUCAAGGCCUUCCAGUUCAACAUGGAGGUUUUUGAGGAGCUGGAAAAAAUUGGUGAAACCUUCCAGGAGGAGGUUUCAGACGCCGGCAUGCCCGUUCAUGGAGCCAUGGGAGGCGACGUCAGCAAGUGUCCCUACUAUUCUGCUAAAACGGCGGCGACGGGUGGAACAACGUACGUGUGCCAGCUGGCCAUGGCUGUAAUGCGGCAUCCGACCGGUCAAGUUCUGAUCGCGACGUGGUUUGCAGCUUUAGCUGGACUGGCGGCUUGGUAUCUGAUGUAAGAGGAAGAACACGCUGAAGGAUGGGCACAGUAAGAACGAUCUCCAGACUCGAGACCAUUUCAUGCAAACAUUUGAGGGGGUUUAAAGUUGUGUUGUUAUAGUAAAAAUAUCUGGAUCUUUCACUUCAGGACCAUAUUGACCCCAUCCAUACUUUUAAUUUUUUCUACCUCCUUUGCACCAUCUCAACCAUAAUCCGCCAUUUGUACAAACUAUGCAUAUGUUAUAGAUGAGGUUUCUUCACAAGUGUGUUGCACAGGGUCUCCAUUUGACUCAGGAAAGAACUAGUAAAAAAGUGAUAUAACAACGGUUUAUUUCUCAUAUUAAAAGUCUUAAAAUACUGUAUUGUUUUACUUUAACACAGUAAAAGUCAAUUUAUUAGCUGCUAAAAGGUUCGCAGCUCCCUUUAUGAUUCCAACUUGGGCUAUAAAAGUUUUGUUCUAAUGCAUUGUGACACAUAGCUGGAAUGUAACUGCUAAAAAAAACAUAACAUAGCUGUAUUUCCUCAUUUAGUAGCCUUGGAGGUUUGUAAUGCGGCAUAAUGCAGAGAGUACAAGGUAUGUAUUGUAAAGGUUUUUAUUUGUAAAAGCAACAUUUUUGUAUCACAUAUUCCCACGGAUUUGAAAAAGGAAAGUAACUCUAAAUUACAAUAUGUAUUUGUGAUUACUAUGUACAGUAAUACAUUAAAUAUCCAUCCAUCCAUUUUCUACCGCUUGUCCCUUUUGGGGGUGCUGGAGCCUAUCUCAGCUGCAUUCGGGCGGUAGGCGGGGUACACUCUGGACAAGUCGCCACCUCAUCGCAGGGCCAACACAGACAACAUAAAAUAUUAUUUAUUUUAAAGCUAAUUAUGCGCCUGCUGCAAAACCUCUGCUUUGUACAGUGGAACCUCGAUUUAUAAACUUAAUUGGUUCUUCAACACAGUUCAUAAACCGACAAGAGAAGCAAAUUCCCCAUAAGAAACAAUGUAAACGUGUCAUUGAUUCUAGCCUUUCCAAAAAUAUAUUUUUUUAGUAAAAAAACUGCACACUCUAUAGACUCUAAUGUAUUUAUAUAUUGUAUAUACUUCAAACCAACAUAAGGGGGUAAGAGCCCAUAUCUAUUUGUUAUCCAAAGAACACAACAGGCAGCUUAUGAGAUGGACAGCAACUUUGAGUGCCUUGAAAGGAGUCUUACAAAAUAAAAUAAUUAUUUUUAUUAAACAACUGUCAACGCGCACGCACAAAAAAAAAAGUAUUUGGCGCUCCAAAAAUGCCAUGUUUAACUUAUGUCGGCGAAUAUUUGUUUUAUUUUUUGAACACUUUGUGAGUUUGGGAGUGUAAACAAGCGGUGGCUUCCCCUCAAUCAAUGGUAGCGUUAGCACAAACUAGCAACAAUGUUGCUGCAAUAAUAAACAAAGAAAAGAAAAUAAUUUUUCACCUCGUCACCAAAUAUUUGUGGCACUAAAGUUUCGUAGUGAUAAAUGAGCAGUGGCUAACAAACUAGCGUGAGGCGAUCCUGCACCAGCUUGUGUCCCAGUAGUGCCUUCUCCUUCGCUGUAAUUUGAUGUCCUUUCUGGCAUCUUUUUCCCCCAAAAAAGUCCGGUCUCAUCACAACUAAAGACUUGCUGCGGUACAAAGACCCGUUCACCAAUAAAAUCCUCAAAAAGUGUUUGAUAAAGUCCUCCACGUCAGCCUUGAGGGCGAGCAAGUCCUCUGGGUUGCUCACACAGGGAAGCUUCACCGACCAAGAACCCGAACCACGACGAACCAGACGCGGUCCCCGGGCUCUACAUAAUGGCUGCCCACUACUCCUGGAGAGGAUGGGUCAAAUGCAGACACUGCAUUUCCUUGUACUUGUGACAAUACAGAGCUUUUAAAUGAUAGCCUCAUAAAUGCUUGCUACUUUUCAUCUAUCCAGAUGAGCAACAAUUUUUCGACCUGGUUUCACACUCUCUCUCCAUCCUUGCAAACAUUUUUCCCCUUUGGCAAAGUCAUCAAUCAUAUAAACGUCCUUAUUAUGCAUUUGUGGAUGUGUUUCUUUCAUAUUUGUGAGCCAGAUCAGCAAUGCGUGCGCCACUCAUCGCAAAUACCGUAUUUUUCGGAGUAUAAGUCGCUCCGGAAUAUAAGUCACACCGGCCGAAAAUGCACAAUAAAGAAGGAAAAAAAACAUAUAAGUCGCACUGGAGUAUAAGCCGCAUUUUUGGGGGAAAUUUAUUUGAUAAAACCCAACACCAAGAAUAGACAUUUGAAAGGCAAUUUAAAAUAAAUCAAGAAUAGUGAACAACAGGCUGAAUAAGUGUACGUUAUAUGAGGCAUAAAUAACCACCUGAGAAUGUGCCUGGUAUGUUAACGUAACAUAUUAUGGUAAGAGUCAUUCAAAUAACUAUAACAUAUAGAACAUGCUAUACGUUUACCAAACAAUCUGUCACUCCUAAUCGCUAAAUCCGAUUAAAUCUUAUACGUCUAGUCUCUUACGUGAAUGAGCUAAAUAAUAUUUGAUAUUUUACAGUAAUGAGUUAAUAAUUUCACACAUAAGUCGCUCCUAAGUAUAAGUCGCACCCCCGGCCAAACUAUGAAAAAAACUGCGAUUUAUAGUCCGAAAAAUACGGUACUCCGUUUUAAGUCCACAGCAAAUCCCACCUUCUUUCCAGGCUGGUUUGUUGGCUUUUUGUAACCCAUACUGAGUAACAAAAAAAGGCUAAACUUGGUGAAGAGUAAAUAGGAUGUGACGUGGUUCGCUCCGCCUUUUUAAAACUGCAGAGCCAUCAAUCAAACAAUGUUUAUUUAUAUAGCCCUAAAUCACAAGUGUCUCAAAGGGCUGCACAAGCCACAAUGACAUCCUCAGUUCAGAGCCCACAUAAGGGCAAGGAAAAACUCACAACCCAGUGGGAUGUCAAAACUUGUGACAAGAGGCAUGUGUGUCCUGUACUGCACAGGAAGUGACAUCCACAAAAUAGCAGCGCCUUAAGGCUUCCAGUGGAGAGAAAAGGAAUGAGGCGUUCGUACAACAAGACACGGUUCGCAUACAGGAGCACAUUUAACUCAACCUAAAAGGUUCGCAGAGGGUAAAUCAAGGUUCCACUGUAUACCAACUGUUUUUCUGUUAGCGUGCAAACUUUAGAACGUUACGAUAGACAUGCAAAUUGUAUACGUUAAUUUCCCCGAAAUCAUGGCUUUUAAUACUUGCCGCCAUCCUGCAAGUAUGCUAACUUGUGAAGUUAAAGUCCCAACAAUAGUCACACACACACGAAGUGUGGUGAAAUGAUCCUCUGCAUUUGACCCAUCCCCUUGUUUCACCCCCUGGGAGGUGAGCGGAGCAGUGAGCAGCAGCGAUGGCCGCGCUCGGGAACCAUUUUGGUGAUUUAUAGAUGCUAAUGUUUUAUUUUGGCUAAUUUUGUACUUUAAAACCUACAAAUCGUGCAUUUCAUUACUUGGUGCCAUCUUGCAAGUACAACUGUUCUUAUGUUAGCAUCUAAAUAUGAGCUUACUAACAUUUUAUUUGACCAUAUUAGCCAAUUUAUGUUUAAAAAUCAUGGAUUUCCUUAUUAGGUGAGAUGUAAGUAUGCCACUGCUUUUUUGGUAGCAUUCUAAGAAUAAAAUAGUAUUAAGCUAACGUUAACAUGCUCUCAAUCUUUUGUCUUUAAAACAAAUGCCAAAAAUGUACCAAGUUGGUCUUCAUUUUUCAUUUCAUUUCAUUUUCUUAAUGAUUGUCACACACACACUAGCCUCUGCAUUUAACCCAUCCCCUCGUUCCACCCCCUGGGAGGUGAGGGGAGCAGUGAGCAGCAGCGGUGCCGCGCCCGGGAAUCAUUUUUGGUGAUUUAACCCCCAAUUCCAACCCUUGAUGCUGAGUGCCAAGCAGGGAGGUAAUGGGUCCCAAUUUUAUAGUCUUUGGUACAAGCAACUCUGGUAUAAAUAUCAGCUUUCCAGGUGCCACUAUCAUUGGAGGUGUGUGUUAUUUAUUCUCUAAGCACACUGUUUAUAAGAGCAGAGGCCAUUAUUUGAGGAAAUACACUACGUUUAUGCUUUGUGUCCGAUAAACAUUGAUGCUCGUAGCAGCUAUUUGAAUCCUUGCUGCUCCGUGUUUUGUCACAAGUAUGCAAAGAGACGUUCUUAAUUGCACCGCUCGGCUCCACUUUGAAAGAUAGAUGGGUUUUAGCUGCCACAGGAGCCUAUAUUAGAGUGAAGCGUUUGACACAGGAGAUUGUCACUGGUUUAUUGUUAUUUUAAUAAUGUUACAAUAUCGACUGAACACGUUUAAAUGAAGACGGCCUGUUUAAGUAUUAGUCGGAACUGCCUCAGGUUUGGUACCAAAUGGAUACUCUAAUAUUCAUUGUUUCCUUUAUUCAGAUUUGAUUACUAUAUAUGCUGGUUUAAUGUUGCUGUCUAUAUGCAGAGUGGUUGCACAGUUUGAGAAUGACAUUUUGCUUCUGCUUUCUCCCCCAUGUAACAUGUUAUCAUUUAAGAAGCGACGAUGUAUUAUUUUUCUCAGGAGAGUCAUGUGAUAGGCCAAAAAAAACAUGUUCAGCAUGACACUGGACGUAUGACUACACAACAAGCUCAGUUUUAUUUCCUUUUUUUGAAUAUUGUAGGGACAUUUGCAUAUGUAUACUGUACUUUAGUAUUUCAAACGGCUAAACUAUACAUAAAAUGCUUUGUAGUCUCUGUUUUGCAUGAACUAGUGUUAUUAUUUUAGUCCAGGACUUGACAGUUGAUGCUGCAUUGUUUGAGAAUGUAAGAGGAAAUAAACAGUAUCCUUA